AGCGUUCCAAAGAUGGCCGACAGUGUACUGACUUGCUAGAAAGACUUUUAUUUUACUUCCACAGUGGAAGUCAAACAGUCGUCAAUUUUUAAUGAUUAACUACAAAAAUAUAUUUUGAUUUGUCGGGUGUUUUCCGAAGAUAUCUUGGCUGCAUCCGAAAACGUAUCAGUUAAUGGCUUAACCGACAACGUUUUGAAUGAAUGGAACUCUCAAGAAAACUGGUUUUAGAACAGUUUGAAAAGCACCUUAUUUUCAUCCUGCCUCCUUAUACAGCCUUCGAAGGCAGCAUUCUCCAGUUCACUGACGCAGCCCUUCAUACAGGAAGCGCAAUUAGAUUCUACUGACUCUCACAUUGCAAAGGGAACUGUUUGAAUAGUGUUACAGAAAUUCAAAUAACUGUUCGCCCCAUCAUAAUGGCCAGUGAAUGUGAUGCUGUUGUGUGGUAUGCCAAUCCAGUUUAUUCCCGCUACUGGCAGCACUACCAGCAGGCCAUGAGCUGGCACCAGAGGCACAAGUGGGCAUACAGAAAAGCAAUGGAGGCUGGCUAUGUCCAGGCACUGUAUUCCACAUACCCCUCUGCCAUACAGCGUUACUCAGAUUGGCAUGCAGAUGAGACCUGGGGGAACAGUAACAGAGCAUCAGGUACAGACAAAAAAAGGGAGAAUGAAACUACUGAUUCAGACGUUGAGACGGAGGAGGAGAGUUCGGAUGAGAGCCAGAUUGAGUGUGACGUAAGCAACAUGGACAUCUCAGAAGAACUGCGGCAAUACUUUGCCCAGACUGAGCAACACAAGCAGGAACUCAAAAGGCAACAGCAGAUGGAGGCAGAGCAGCAGGACUCUUAUGUACUGGCUGACCAAGACUUGCACAGGGUUUCCUGGCACAGCACCCUGCCCCCUUCUGAACGUCCUGGAGAGAGAAGAACUGCAGAAAUGAAGAAGCUGUAUGGUAAAGAUGCAGCAAAGAUUCAGGGGAUGGAAACGGCCAUGCAGCUCAGCUUUGAUCGCAACUGUGACAGGAAACAGCCCAAGUACUGGCCUGUUAUACCACUAAACCUGUAGAAUUAUCAGACUCCAUCAAGUCUAUGCUGUGAUAUUAUGUCAGGUGCUUGAUUCCACAUACUCAUCUUUGUGUGCCUUGCAGAACUGAUGAGAGACAGGAUAGAGUUGUACAACUCCCUUGUUACAUUCAUUUGAAGACAUAUGUGUUUUCAGGUAUCUAUGGUGGUAUGGCCAUACACAACACUGUUCUAUCUCGCUAAAGUUUCUCAUAUCCAUAAAUGAUGGAGAUGCUGCAUAGAUUUCAGCACUAUUCUUUUUAUGUCAUCAUUUCUCCCUAACUAGGUCAUUGCCUCCCAGUCUUUGUUGAUGUAUUUUGUCUGUUAGUGCUUGCUGCACUAUUCUGUAGUGCAGUUUUUACAUGAAUCUCUUUCUUUUUUUUCUUUCUUUUUUAUGCAAAGAUUGACUAAUUAAUAAAUAUAUUGCAUUGAAAUAUG